AUGGCCACAAUCAGUUCUAUGUGGACUGGCUUUCCUUACAUAGAUGUAGGUGAUUAUGCCAUUUGUGUUUUACAAGCAAAUUCCUUACAACCAAUAUACUUGGGAAAAUUUAGAUCGCCAGUAGGAGUACCUAAAGACAAGAAGCUCUUGGCUAUUUCAGGAGGAUCUGGGUUUGUAUGUGGGCUGCUUUAUGGUUCACAGUUUCCAAUAUGCUGGGGUGACAUAGAAUUGCCACAGUCUCUAGAAAACAUAAGCUUUACAAGCUUGAAUUGUGGCAGGAGCCACUGUUGUGCGAUCCAGAGUGACGACAGUAAAAUCAACUGCUGGGGUAUAUUCAUCUACAAAUCUCCAGACCAGCCAUUCGUGUCAGUCUCAUCGGGAAUAGAUUUUUCCUGUGGCCUGACCCAAGAUGGAAAUAUUACUUGUUGGGGUCAUCUCUCUGAUGCUAUACCACAACCAGAUCGAGGCAAUGGAACCUUUGUAUCUCUAUUCGCGGGAGGUUACUCCAUAUGUGGGAUAGAGAGCUCCACAAGGGAUAUACUUUGCUGGGGGGAAGAUGCUUCUUACACUUAUGCUCCAUCUGUUUUUCAAUUCUCUAGCGUAACCGGAGGACGCUAUCAUAUGUGUGGCAUUAGAGCGGAUAAUCACCAAGUGGUGUGCUGGGGACAAAACAAUGUUUAUCAGCUUAGAGCUCCAAAGAAUGUCUCAUUCACAGCCAUUUCAGCUGGCGACUUUUAUACUUGUGGUUUGACGCGGGAUGGGCGUGUAGAACUUCUUUGCUGGGGAGGAUACAAGGAAGAGUAUUGGGAAGUUAACAUCACUGGCAUUCAUGUUAGUCAGGCAAUAUGCUCAAGCCGGUGUCGCAAGGAUCAAUACCAGACUUCUAAGUAUGGGUGUCCAUCGCUAACAGAUCGGGUGUGCUUGGAGUGUUCAGUGUGUACUGGUGAUGAUAUUGAGCUUGUUCCGUGUGGGAUCAACACUGAUCGUGUGUGUGGGAAGCCAUCUUUGGCUUCUCAUCAAGGGGAUAUUAAGAACCAGAGGAAACUCUUCCUUGUGCUGUUGUAUUUGAUCAUCACGUUGUCUUUUGGGCUCAUUGUCAUGGCUACGUUUUCGUAUUUUACUUAUAUGAAGAAGAGGAAGCUAGAAACACUUGCUAACAUUGUGAGCUUUUCCAGGAGCGACAUACUUUAUUUCUCCUCGGCAGAGCUGAGAGAGGCGACCAACAACUAUAGCGAUGAAAUGGUUUUGAGCAAGAGUGCUUCUGGAAAUGUUUACAAAGGACUGCUCCAAAAUGGUCAGGAGGUUGCUAUCAAGCAAGCCAAGCUGUUUAACAGGUAG